AUGGUGGCGUCGCCCGAAUCUGUCGAAGGCGCCUUCGAUGCCUUCGUUGCGUCUUUUGUCGAGCGCAGCGUGCUGACGGAGGCCAACGCCGAUGGCCUGACUGACAAGGUUGCCAGCGCCGCAACGGAGGAAGCACGUGAGGUGGUCAUGUGCGAGGCGCUGCGGGCCCUGCUGAAGCCAGGCAUGGUAGUCACGCUGACCAGUGCCAAGUCCGAAGCAUUCAAGGUCCGCGCGGGCACCGUGCUAUACGUGCCGCCGGACAAGCGAACGGAUGCCCGCAAGGUGCACAUGCUGUCCAGCGAAGCAGAUGGUUCCGAGAUGUGCAUCGCUGCUCUGUGCACCUUGCGCCCUGCGCAGGGCGAAACCACGGCCAAUCCUCGCUGGCGCGAGGUCAGCCUGUUCUGGGCUACUGAGGCCAACGACCUUGAGGCGAUGGCCGCGCUCGUCGAGGCGGCAGCAGACGCCAACGCCUUCUUUUUCAGCAACACGCCGCUGCUGCGCGCGCUGAUGCAUCGACACGAGGAUGCGGUCGAACUCCUGCUGGGCGCCGGCGCCGACCCCACAUUGGCCAGCCCGGACGGGUGCACGCCGCUGAUCAUGCUCGCGGAGCCGGUGCCCGGCGAACCAUCCGACGCGUCAGGGGCGAGGCUCGUGGCCAGGUUGCUGCGUGCAGGCGCGGCACCAACCCUUGAGAGGCGCGAUGAUGACAACGGCUGCACGGCGCUCGCCACCGCUGCGCUGCGGGGCAACGUGCAGGUCGCCGCCGCACUCCUCGAGGGCGGCGCCGCUUCCGACGCCGCCGACGCGGCGGGCGUCACCCCGCUGAUGCUCUGCUUUGCUGGCGAGGCGGAAAUUGCGGAGGACAGCGCAGAGAGGCCGAGGCACGUCACACCCGCGCUGGUGCGGCUCCUCCUCAGCGCGGGCGCGAGAGUGGACGCCGUCGACGCCGAGGGGCGCGAUGCACUCUGGUACUGCCGCUCGGUGGGUCGUACCGAUCUGCUGCGCUUGCUGCAGGAGCACGACAACGACGCCAACGACGCCUUCGACGCGGCAUGCGGCGCGGACGGCGUGCCGCUCGACGCCACGGCCGCCGAGCGCCUCUUCACGAUGAUGUGCGUGCAGCGCGAGGCCGAGAAUCGGCGCUUGGGGCGGGUCGAGGACGAGGAAGAGGUUGCGCGCCACGUGGCUGCCUCGCCGCACUUUAUGGCUGCUCUGGACGGGCGUGGGGAGCUGCGCGAGGACCAUGUGGCGUUUUCUGAUGCGUACUUUGGUGGGGCGGCCUAA